AUCCUUUCCUUCCCAUCGACUCUCUGCUCUGUAACUGACUCAUUUCAAAUUUGGUGGUUGCAGGCUUAUGCUAAAUUAAGGCUGGUUGGCUAUAUCGAAUUGCUCGUCAAUUUCCUCAUCAACAGACUGCAAACUGAUAACAUACUGAGUACCUGUGUAUUGUAAUUUAUGUUUAUUUUUUCUUUGCAUUUCUUUGGUUUUUGUUUUCUUUUUGUGGUUUUGUGUUUUGUGUUGUUGUUGUGAAUUACAGGUUUUAUUUCAAUUGUAAACAAUGAAGAAGGCUUUUGGGUCACCUCAAACACCAAGCAUCAGUACUCUUUCCAGAAGGCCUAAGAUCACACGUCCUCUGCGAAAGCAAUUGGCAACUGCAACACAAAAUGGGGACAGGUUUAUUGCUAACAGAAGUUCCAUAGAUUUUGAUUGGGCUCGGUAUCUGGUAAAUAAAAGCAAUAUCAUUGGAAAUAAAGCCUCCAUGGAAGAAUAUGACAGGGAGCCAGCAGCUAGUUUGGUGAUGGAUUCUAGUAAGAUAUCAAGAAUUUUGAGCUUUAGUAGAAAGCCUUCUGGACAGGGAUUGCAAUCCAUCUACUCCGAAGCUCCUUCUGUUGAUACUAGAGUCAGAACUAGCAGAUCACAGAGCCGCUACAUACCUCAACAUGCAGAGAGAACUUUGGAUGCCCCAGAUCUUGUUGAUGAUAAUCAUUUGAAUCUGCUGGAUUGGAGUGACAGCAAUGUUUUGUCUAUAGCACUUGGCAAUGCAGUUUACUUAUGGGAUGCAAACACAAGCACUACUUCUGAGCUAUUGACAGUAGAUAAUGAUGUUGGUCCAGUAAGCAGUGUCAAUUGGGCACCUGAUGGAAAACACAUUGCCAUUGGAUUGACUAGUUCUUCUGUACAGCUAUGGGACUCCACAUGUAAUCGACAGUUGAGAUCCUUGAAAGGUCAUCAUGGCCGUGUAGGCUCACUUUCCUGGAAUGACACUAUUCUUGCAACUGGUGGUAGGGACAGUUCAAUAAUUAUCCAUGAUGUCCGUAUCCGUAAUUCCAAUGUUAAGACAUACAGAGGCCAUGAGCAGGAAGUUUGUGGAUUGAAAUGGUCCUUAUCUGGCCAGCAACUUGCGAGUGGAGGCAGUGACAACUUGCUUCACAUCUGGGACAAGAGCAUGUCAUCCUCUAAUGUUAGAAAUCAGUAUCUUCACAGGAUUGAUGAACAUUUUGAUGCAGUUACAGCCUUGGCAUGGUGCCCUUUCCAGCACAAUCUUUUGGCAUCUGGUGGAGGUCUUGCAGACCAAUCUAUUAAGUUAUGGAAUAGCCUUACUGGAGCAUGCCUAAAUACCAUUGCCACCAACUCUUCAGUUUGUGCGUUGUUGUGGAAUAGGCAUGAGCGUGAGCUUUUGAGUUCACAUGGGUAUAGUGAGAACCAAUUGAGCUUAUGGAAAUACCCAUCUAUGGCAAAGACUGCAGAACUUACUGGCCAUACUUCUAGGGUGCUACAUCUGGCACAGAGCCCAGAUGGGUAUACUGUUGCAUCAGCUGGAGCAGACGAGACGCUAAGGUUUUGGCAAGUCUUUGGAAUUCCUGAUACCUCACAGAGUACCAAAACUAAAGAGCCAGAGGGUACCCUCAACUCUUAUCUUAUGCAUAUUCUCUAGUAGUCAAUUGAUGCCAUGGAACAAGAAAAUUUACACUUCAGAAUCCAGAUGUAUGUAAACUGCUCCAUAAGCUUUGACAAGUCUUUUGAAUUCCUGAAUACUUGAAGAGGACCCAAAAGUAUACAGACAUCAGGAUGCCUCCAGUGCUACAACUGUUCCUCUUAAGAUUAGCUAUUAUGAUGGCUUCCGUAUACAGGUAUCGAGGCAUAGUAUGAUAUUACAUGCUAGGCAUACCUCUUUAACAGUCAAAUAAUAAGAUCAUUCAGAGGAUUCUGCUUGGUGAGCUCUGCAACCUUAUGCUUAUCUUGAUGGAUUUCCACUCUUAGCACAUUUAAGACAUUUUGAUGGAUUCCGGUUUCAUCUUAAGUAUUGUAAUAUUUCAUUACUUUAUCUAAUCUGUUUUUGUUGGAAUUUUGUAGCUGAGUGCACCCAUGGAAGUGCCUAUGUUUUUUCUUGGGCGUUUUUAAACGCCGCCAAUGUUGAGGAAAUCCAAAAAUCUUGAAGCUUUUUGUAUUUAAAAUGGUUACAUAUUCUCUUUCCCUUUCUUAAGAAAAGUUAAAUUUAAGUCAAAAUUCUUACUGUACUCUUAGUGAUUGCUGGUCUAGUUGCAAACUUGUAACCAUUAACCUCUAAUAAAUAUCUCUCUGAUAAAUCUGAAAACUGUUGGUGUUCUUGUUAAUUGUUGUUAUUGGCUUCAGUAUUGUGUUCUUUGACAUUUUAGAACUGUGUCUGGAUUGAGCUUAAAUUAUCGUGUCUUAAAUUAUUAUGUCUUAAAUUAUUGUGUGGAAUUGUUAGGAAAUAUCUAUUUAUGGCAAAGAUUUCAGAGCUUAGUUGCCAUACUUCUAGGGUGCUGCAUCUGGAACAGAGCCCAGAUGGGUAUACUGUUGCAUCAGCUGGAGAAGACGAGACACUAAGGUUUUGGCAAGUCUUUGGAUCCCCUGAUAUCUUAGAGAGUACCAAAGCUAAAGAGCCAAAGGGUACCCUCAAAAAUUAUCUUAUGCAUAUUUGCUAGCAGUCAAUUGAUCUCAUCGAACAAGAAAAAUUACACAUUAUGUGAUACUGGAUUCUUUUCUUUUUUUUCAUGUGAUUCUGUUAAUUUCAUUGAAUAAGGAUUUUUUACACUACAGUAGUAUGUAUGGCUAUUGGUGUGCUUCAUGCAGUUUGCACUUAUUGGUGCAUCAGUGAUCACAUUUUAUGCUAAUAGUACUGUUCCGUACCCUAAAAAAUUAUCUUAUGCAUAUUUGCUAGUAGUCAAUUGAUCUCAUCGAACAAGAAAAGUUACACAUUAGGUGA